AUGACGGUUAAGAAAGCCGAAGAACAAGACGGCCUUGCCACCUAUCGGGAGUCUUUUGCCAAGAGUUAUGAGGAGCGCCUGAAAGCCUUCAAAGAAGCCGAAAAGACUAUGCUUGAAAACCCAAGCCAGUUCCGCGACAUAGUGCUCGAGCCCCCCAUGCCUGCCAACGCUCUCCAGCCCUACACUGCUGAUCUCUAUGGGCUAGAUCAUGCGAAGCGCGAUUGUCGGUUCGAGAUGAUUAAGAUUGUCAGAGAGGUCAAGGCUGUCAGUCUAGAUCCCCAGAUCGCUACAGAUGCCACCCGUAUCUGGCAAUACGUUGCACCUAGUAUCUUCAGAAGGCUAGUACCGUCCGACGAACCGAUCGACAAGAAGACUCCUGUGGACAAGGAGGCUAUCAAAAGUCAUUUGGCGAGCAGUGUCGAGGAAGCAGCGAAAGACUACCAUAACGAGUCAACACCGCCACGAGCAAGUUUCUAUCAGUCUGGUCAGCCGAUUUGCGAUUUGGAGAAACGAGUCAACUUGAGAUAUGGACACCUCGCUCAGAAUUGGCGAGUUGACUCAGUCAAUGGCCAGAGCACCACUCCGUCCUCCGCACAGCAGUUCAACGAUCUGGAAGUCUUGGAUAAGACGUAUUCCAUCACCAACAUCACCGUAUGGCAUGACCAAAAGCGCCUUGUUGGGAUCCAGCUCCUGUACCAGAAUGGGCAGGUGUUAUUCCACGGUGUUAAAGGGUCGUCCUACCAGUCGUCAAGUUUCAACAUCGAUGCUGCACGUAAGAAUAACCCCGAGAGGGUUAACCUUCUUUGGCUUGAGGCUCACGCCGACGAAGCUGGAAAGGCUUGGGUUGAUACGAUUCGAAUCGCCACCUCUGGUGACCUAUUCAUCGUGGAACCAGCGGAGAGACUCAAAUACAACAAAUCCUUUGAGCUGAAGGCUACCAAGCCUAAGUCCGGCGGCGAUUGGGAACUAAAAGGCUUUUACGGAUCCUUCGAAGAGUCUGAGAAGGCCUUUGCGCAGCUCAGUCCAAUCUGGGGCAAAACAGCUAUUGACGACCCCGUGCCAAAGGCUAUGCCACUGUUCGAUUCAGCAGCGUGGACGUCGGUGCUGCACUGGCCUAUCUCCACGAUUGACUCCCUCAGUAGUCAUUUAGAUCGAGGUGACAGCUAUCGUUUGUCCCAUCCACGGGGUAGUUUGGCCAACACCAGCGGAACACCUUUCAACGCCCUAGACCACAUUGGUGAUAAUUGGGAACUUAUAAAGGUUGACUUUUACUUCAAGAACCUGGACGACAUGUCUGUCUUGGCCGGAAUAGCCGCGGACUAUACCAAUGGCAAACAGCUACAGCAUGGCAACUGUGGUUCUGGGUUACUGAUACAAACUUGGAGUCCCUCGGAUCAUGCCAAAGACCAACUUGUCGCUAUCUCUUCUUGUAUCAAGGAGAGGCCAGGCCAGUCGCAGUGUGCUCUGGGUCUCAGAUUCUUCUUCGAGCGGGAGGAAGUGGAAGAGCAGAAGGAAGAGCCUAAGCAGGAACAGUCGGCUUCGAGCAAGUAUGCAUCAGAGCCUCUGUCUGAGGAAGUGAAGACCAGUGUCGAUGAUUCAAAGCCAGCGGCUGUGCCUAGUACGCCGGCAAAGAAGAAGUCAAUUAAGAAGACAGAGGCCUGGGUUUCAGGGCCGUUAGGCCAUCGUGAAGAUAGCUUGUGGGGCUUGGAGGCUGCAAGCUCAAACCCAUCGCGAAAUCGACCUUCUGAAGUAUGGACAGUGAAGGGAUUUAUGGGACAGGCUGGUAAAGAAUGUAUUGAGACAGUGGCUGUCAUCUGGGGCAGGAAAUAA